GGAGGAGGAGGUGGAGAAGGGUUUGGUUGACUUGCAGCUGUUUGUCUGUUCGACACAGGCUCGGGCCCGAUUGGGUAGACGGAGGCUUAGGACUGCGGAGAAGCUGGGAAGCCCCCUUCCCCUCCCCCCCUUCCCCAUCCCCACCCCACCCCACCCUAAUAUUUGACCAUGACAAGCAGAGGCGCAGCUCGGCCCAAUGGCCAGCCCCAGGCUAGCAAGAUCUGCCAGUUCAAACUCGUCCUGCUGGGGGAGUCCGCUGUAGGCAAGUCUAGCUUAGUGCUGCGCUUUGUCAAGGGGCAAUUCCAUGAAUACCAGGAGAGCACCAUUGGAGCCGCCUUCCUCACACAGUCAGUCUGUCUGGAUGACACAACAGUCAAGUUUGAGAUCUGGGACACAGCAGGACAGGAACGAUACCACAGCUUGGCACCCAUGUACUACCGAGGUGCUCAGGCUGCUAUUGUGGUCUAUGACAUCACUAACCAGGAAACCUUUGCCCGGGCAAAGACAUGGGUGAAAGAACUGCAGCGACAGGCCAGUCCCAGCAUUGUCAUUGCCCUGGCAGGAAACAAGGCUGACUUGGCCAACAAGCGCAUGGUGGAAUAUGAAGAGGCCCAGGCAUAUGCAGAUGACAACAGCUUAUUGUUUAUGGAGACGUCGGCCAAGACAGCCAUGAAUGUGAAUGACCUCUUCUUGGCUAUAGCUAAGAAAUUGCCCAAGAGUGAACCUCAAAACAUGGGAGGUACAGCAGGCCGAAGCCGAGGUGUGGAUCUCCAUGAGCAGUCACAGCAGAACAAGAGCCAGUGUUGUAGCAACUGAUGGGGUGGCUGGCAGCAAAUGAGUGUGGAGCAAGCACGAGAGCUAAGACAUAACUUCAGUCCCCACCCCUCAGCACACAGCCCCUUCGAUAACAGCACACUGAGCCCUGGCUCCCAAAGGCCACCUCCCAACAGCUCCGUCAUGGCACUUGUUAAUGCUUCAGCAACCAACAACAACAGGCAGCUGUUGCCACCGGCCUCCCACCCUCUGCCCUGGGGCUUAAGGGGGGUGGUUAGCUCCCCCUGGAACUUACCUUCCAAAACAAACUCUCUUCACUUUGUAUUAUAGGUGCAAGACAAUAACCUACUUAUCUGUCUUUCUCUUCCCAUCCUUCGUCCCCAUGUCUUCAGAUAACAUUUUUGUCACUUGCUCCUUCUGCUUUCCAUCAAUAACUGGUUUUGGUCCCUUUCCCCACCUUGAUGUUCCCCUCUUCCCAGGGUUGGAGAGGUGAACUUGAGAUAUGAGAAGGGGUUAACAGCACAUCCACAUUGGUAACCUGGGGGGGGGGUGGGAGGGAAUAAGGGUCUGGCAGGAAAAUAGCUCCUUUUUUCUCAUUAUAUAAUGGUUGUUUCCCACAUUCGAAGAAAGCUGCAGUGUCCAUGAUCCUCUUCUUCUACCCCUGGGUGGUUGGAUGGGAAACUUCUGGGCAAAGGUGAAAAUAGGAGAAAAGUGUGCAGGGUCAUGCUGAGUUAGUUAACCUGGGCAGAGGAAGAGGCUUAGGGCUCCAUGGGAACUCUGUAGUACUUUCUCUGCCUUUAUUUUCCCUUGGCCUUUGGGGGCUCUUCCCCCAUGGUGAUUCAGCCCCAGGGUCUUCCAAAGAACCGUUAUUGGGUGCCUUUUUCUUGGCUCUGCUGUGGUCUAGUUGGAGGAGGGACCAGUCUCUGAUACCCAUCCUCUGAUUGAUAUACAUAUAGAAUUGUUUUCCUCAUUGGCCUCAGCCCCAUCACCUGUUCUGUCUCAACCCUGGACAUGGCCUAUCACUGCAGUUUGCACUUUAGUUGAUGGUUGGUUUAUUUGGGAUGCUUAUUUUAUGGGGUUUUUAACGCACACACCUUCCUUUUUUAACUACGUGGAAAGUGAGGUGUAUACGAGGUCUGUGGGGUGGGUGAGAAAGGGCAGUGGCAGCUACCCAAGCCAAACCCUCUCUCCUCCUUGACCCUACCCCCAAACUUUGAUUCCUCUCCACCUUACCCACUCCUCAAACCUUCACUAUGCUUGAGACCUUAACACUCUGAAGACCUGGUGGGGAGACUGAGAUUGAAGAGUGUUCAGGGAAGCACAGGCCAAGGUAGAGAUUAAGGCAUGUCCUAGGCAAGAGGCAGGAGUAUGGGGAGAGGGGAGGACAACUACCUUUCCCUCAAAUGGGAGUCACUCAUUUUGAUGCCCUAUCCCUGUUAUCUUUUCUACUUCCCUGUAAAUAGGUAUGAUGAUCUCUUUCCCCAUUGUACAGUCUGUCAUGCCCUUUGGCUUCCCUACAGGCCCCAGUCACACCCUAUUUUUUCUGUCAGGAUCCCUAGCCUUUUCUACCCCUACUCCUUUGACUUAUUCUUCAACAUCCCACUCCUGAGGGAGAAUGACAACUCAUAUUCCUAGGAGCCAUGGCCCCCAUAUCCUGCUCUUUUGUCACCACUCCCUCCAUGGGACCAUGGGAGCGUAAGCCACAAAGUCCUAGUUGUAGUCCCACAGACCAUACUGGCUGCUCUUCUGGCCAGUGAAGUAGCUAGUUUCAAGAGUUCCUUCACAAAAGUGUUACUCUGUUAAGAGGGAUUAAAACACUUGCUGCAUCCAGAGUAUAGAUCUCUGAUGUAAAGGUUAGGUGGAAAAGGGCAUGGGUUUAGAGUAUUUGGGGAAAAUUGUCAAGGGAGCAAAUUCCAGGAGGAAGUAGAAGAUUACUCUUGCUCCAGGUUUCCUCUUGUUCAUCAUUAGGAAUGUGAUCUAAUAUUUAGGAGAAAGCUAUUCAGGACCAUGGCUGACUUCUGAGCCCCAGGGUUUAAGAGUCCUACCUGUUUUCCUGGCCCACAGACACUUGAACUGCCUUACCUGUCUCAAACAUACCAAAAAAAAAAAAAGCUAUGAAAUUUGUAACCGUAAGACCUUGUCGCAUUCAUCUUAAGACCUUCAGCUGAGCUCUCAGUGGCAUCCUUAAUUCCCCGGGGGCCUGGCAGAUUCUUUUUCCUUCUCUUAAGGUUGCCAUCAAGUCGUCAAACACCCAAACACUCUGCAUUCUUCAAAGAAGCUGGGGAACUAGAAGGGAUCUCUAGGUCUCUGCAUAUUUGUGUGUCUAUCCCUUGGAGUGAAGGUAUAUCUUUGUCUUGGGAUUGGAGUCUUUUCCCCAGAAGAUUCUCUUUACUCCCCCCGCCACCACCACCACACACACAUACACACUUAAGGAACAAGAUUGGCCUUAGCUUCUUUGGCUUGUCUACUGCCUUCCUUCCCUUUUCUGCUUGCCUCUGGGCUCAGUGAGACUGUAGCUUCACUGGACUCUGGGAGUUUUUUAAUUUUUUCUGCCUUUUUUUUUUCCCAAUCAAUUGUUUUUAUGGGGUUUUUUUGAAACUUUUUUUUUUGCUUCUAGAAACCAUUUGUCUUUUCUCCCUUUCCCUUCUCUAAAUAUAACAAUCGUGGUAACAGAAUGCACCUGCUGAUUUACCAAUGUAUUUAAUGUAAGUAAAAAAGAAAAGAGGGGAAAAAAAGAGGAAAAAAGUGUAUUAGUGUUUCUUUCCUGCUGUUUUUCUAGCUGAAGCUAGAUGUUGGGAAAGGAGGGGGCAGCUACAUUGAAUCAAAACGUCUAGUUUGAUGCCAUUUUCCAUCUCAGAACACUGAAGGAGGCUUCAGGAGGGGCCAAAGUUACUGUUUUGGGUUUUUUGGGGUUUUUUUUGGUAGGAUCUUCUGUUUCUAAAAGAGCAAAUCACUUCUAAAGGUUAUCAGAUCCCUUUGGAGUUUCUCCAAUACUCUUCUAACCUUUUUUUGUGUCAUGGCCCCCUUUGGCAGUCUGGUGAAAGCUAUAGCCCCCUUCUCAGACAAUCUUUUUAAAAAUGCAUAAUCAAGCGAAAUGCUAAAUUUCAGUUAAAAUUUGGUGAAAAUAAAGUUGUCAAAAUUUUCCUAUCCAAGUUCAUGGACCCCUUGUGAGACCUAAGUCUCCUCUGAUAUUUAUCAUCUUUCCCUCUUGUUAUAUUGCCAUUUCCUACACCAGAGGAAAAGAGAAUGGAAGACAGGAUGUCUACGUGCCCACAGCAUAGGAAGUGGAAGAGCAGGAGUCCCUUUUUCUCCCUAUGCUGAGGUGUCAGACUUGGUUUAAUUAGUAUGCCAGUAAGACAGGUGGGGAGCAGGCCUCCUGGACCACUAGUUUGUGCCCAAGUCUAUAGAGUUUGAUACUACUUCAGAGCUUUUUAUUGUACUCUCUCACUUGGUUUACUGCACCUUUGAUACUGCAAUCAGUACUGUCAGGACCCCCUUCACAUUACUAUCCAUCUCCUUGUUCUCUUCACUAGUCAGGCUUUUUCUGUUACUAGAGAGGAGGGGAGCAUGAUUGAAGCAGUCUGGCUGUAGUGUAGUAGGGUCAUCCUGUCACUGGGGGGCGGUGUGGGAAUGUCAAAACACAAGACCCCCAACUUAAGGGUACCCCGUAGAUUUCAUUUCUACUCACUCCUGCCAGGACCUGGGGAUAUGAGAAUCAUAUUUUAACCUCGAUUCCAUAGCCUCAAGGGGCAAAUGGUCACGGAAGGGAGACGUCACCGGUAAGAAAGCAAAAGCUGGAGUAUACCACUUUUUAAAAAGACAUGUUUUGAAGUUGCAGGUGAGAGAACUUGAGCAUCACUCGCUCAAUUCGACACACACUGUGCCCAAGGGCAAGGUACAGAGCUAAAUACUGGAGAUUAAAGGCAAAAAUCAAAUCCCGUUUAAAUGCUACUUCAAUGUCGGGGUCAUGCAGGAGAAGCAAAGUAUUGCUCUCCGGAUGGAUUUCGGUAUUUCAACUUGUUUCUCUCUGGCUCUUGGGUUUGGGGUAUCUAGAGAGAGACUAGCUGCCGAAAUCACCUGGAGGCAUAGGUAUGACCAUUCCACUGACCUUAAAUCUCCGUAGCUUCCUGUAGCCUUGUUUUAGUUACCCCACUGCCCUUUAACACUUCUACCUAAACAGGACAUACAUCUUUCUGUGGAUUUUCCCAGAAUGCAACCCCUUCGUCCUGCCUUUAAGAAACUUCCGUCAAGCCUUAGACUUCACUUCCUUCCCUGGAACCCUCAGCUCAAAGUGCUCUCAUCCUCGUGUUUUCCUAGGACACUCAAGGUCUUUUGCCUCCAUCACUCUCUACCCCUUAUUAUAUAUGUGUAUUGAUACUUAUGAUGUAUCAAGAGAACGUAGGAAGGCCCGUAGACAUAUUUCGUGGACUCCCCUGUGGCGGAUUUAUGGGAGAAUCUGAAGGAGAGUCAUAAUGGUUGGGUAGCCAGCAGUAUUUUUGGAGGAAAUAACCCACAUCAGUGGGUUCACAGAUCGAUUAGUCUUGGAGCUCACAAUAUCCUUUCCAAUAGAAUGUAAGCUUCUGGGAGGCAGGGACCUUGUUUUUCUUUUCUUUGUGCUCAGCGCCAAGCACAAUACUUUGCACUUGGUAGAAGCUUAAUAAAUAUUUCUUGAACGUUGA